CGACGGGUCGGGGUUUGGAUCAUUUUGCGUCGUGGAGGGGGUAACGCGCUCUCUGCUUUCCCCAGCCAUGUCCUACUGCAGGCAAGAAGGAAAGGACAGAAUUAUAUUUGUGACCAAAGAAGACCAUGAGACACCAAGCAGUGCUGAAUUGGUGGCAGAUGAUCCCAAUGAUCCUUAUGAAGACCAUGGUUUGAUAUUACCUAAUGGAGAUAUCAACUGGAAUUGUCCUUGCCUUGGCGGGAUGGCUAGCGGUCCUUGUGGGGAACAAUUCAAGUCAGCCUUUUCCUGUUUCCAUUAUAGCAAGGAAGAAAUAAAAGGAUCAGAUUGUGUGGACCAGUUUCGUGCAAUGCAAGAGUGCAUGCAGAAGUACCCGGAUCUGUACCCUCAAGAAGAUGAUGACGAAGAAGAAAAGCAGAGCAAAGAUUUAGAAACUAGUCCUUCUGUAGGCAAAGAGGAGGAGGGAUCAAGCUAAUGAAGCUGUGUGGAGGCCGUGGUCUCCUUUCUAUGUUUAGAGACACAUGAACUUAUGCAGAACAUCCUUCUCCCUCCCUUUCUCCUCACAGCCCCUUCCGAUCCUUCAAGGAAUGCACUUCACUUCUACUCUGUACACUGUAUCAUGUGAAAUAGCUUGCAGCAAAGAAAGACACCUCAGCCCUAUGGUCUUAAUAAGUUAACUGCUGCAGAGCACUUUUUUUUGCUAUGCACUCAAUACAUAGCAAAAAAAAAAAAAAACCAUUUGCAGGCACACCUUUUUUAGCAGUUAUUUUCUUCUUCUCCAGUCAUGUUAAGUCUGCUGGUUGGCUUUAACAAGAUCAGUAGAAAGAUGGAUCCAACCCUCAAUGGGGGUGAACCCAUCAGCAAGGAUAUGAAGUCAGCUAAAUUAAAUUUUGGGCAUUGAGUUGUCUCAGAUGUGUUCUGUGUUUUAAAAAUAGCAUAAACAUUUCUGGUUUUGAGAAAGCUUCAGAAACUGAUAAGAAUAUGGGUGAAACUUUCAAUUGGACAGUCUGUAUGCUUUAAUAGCAUAUAAAGUUUGCAUAUGCUACUGAUUUCUGGGAAUGGAAAAUUAAUGUUAGUAUAUGUGUAGGGGGAGUAGGAUUAAUGUCACUAAGUCUGAUUUUCCAUAUUUUUUUAAAAGUGUUGAUCAGCUCCUGAUAUAACUGAGUUGACGGUGAAGAACAUUGGCCGAUGUGUUCCUUAAUGUUUCUGAUUUACCCUGUUUUGUAGGGUUACCUUUUUUCAAGCCUGUCCCUUCUUCAGGCAGGUUGCUAAAAUAGCUGCCCUUGACAAGACAAUUACAACGUUACCUGGAGUAACAGCCUCUGAAUAGAUAUUGUGACUUGAGUGUACAUUAAAGGCAAAAUCUUUUCACCUUG